CUCAGCCGCCGUGGGGUCCGCACUCACUGAAGGGGGAUCUUCUUGUGUCAAGACCUAGCUCGGGGAGAAGGAGAUCCGGUCGGAUUUUUCUCCACCUCUUUGGAAAGACCUUACCCAUCUCGGCGCUCGAUUUUAAAAUCUCCACACACGCAAAAACAAAAGAUAGAAAGAAACCCACCGAGGUUUUUAUUUUUCGCUUUUGCUUUUUUUUCACCACACACAGUCGAAAAUGGGAGCCCCGUUGUCCAAGAGUGGAGUAGCUGUCGAGGGCAAAGCCGCCGCCGCCGCCGACCCGAUCGCCGCUAAAGCCAACGGCCAGGAGAACGGUCAUGUCAAGACCAACAGCGACGUGUCGGCCAAGCCCGACGGGGAGGUGGCCGCCGUGGACGGAAACGGGACAGCCGAGCCGACCAAGGAGGGUGAGAACGGCACCGGGGACGCCAUCGAGCCGGCCCCUGUCGCCGAGGGGGAGGCCGCCAAGCCAGAGGGUGAGGCCGCCAAGGAGGGCAAGAAGAAGAAGAAGUUCUCCCUGAAGAACUCCUUCAAAUUCAAGGGCAUCUCGCUGAAGAAGACCAAGAAGGGCGGCGAAGAGGCCAAGGAGGAGGCCGCUUCCCCCGCGGCCGAGGACAAGCCCGAGGAGAACGGCCACCCCGCCAAGGAAACCAAACAGGAGACGCCGGCCGUCGAGGCCAAAGAGGAAGAGGCCGCCGCCGCGCCGGCCGCCGAUGCCGCGCCCGAAGGAGAGGCCAAGGUGGCGGUGGCUGAAGAGGCCCCACCCACAGAGGCUGCCCCGGUCGAGGAGGCCGCCGCCCCCGCCGAGGACACGACACCUGCAGCCCCCGAGGGCGAGGCCAAAGCAGAGUGACUGCACCCCUCCUUCCCUCUCCACCCCCCCCCCCUCCCCCUCCGGCCGCGGCACCUGAACUGACUUUCCAAGAUUAAAGUAUAUAAAUAUAUAUAUGAGAGACGCGUGCCACGUUCUUAAAAGUUAUAAACAAAACUAAAGAAGAAGACAAAGGAUAUAUCACGUCUGCUGAUUCCACCACCAGUUCACUGCCUUGUUUCAUUAGUUCUUCGACAGACGGAAUCUCACCGGGCCCUCUCGUGAUCAAAGUGUCGCCCCCUGCUGGUACACACAGGGACUGGCGUGUGGCGAAGGUAAUGGAUUGGAUGUGGAGCGAAUAAGGAAUACUGACUUAUUUUCCCAAUUCAUGGAGAAGCAUCCUUUUUUGUAACAGCGUGGCAGCCCUAUAACGUUUUUAUUUUCUUUCUCAUCUCUUUUUGGGAUCUAAAAGUUUGUCACCGUUGCGGAGCGGGGCAGAGCAUCGGCUUCACUCAAAUGACUGUUAUAUGGACACAUGAAAACCUUUUCAACAGAUCAUUUGUUUUUAGAACUCUACAUUCCUAUGUUUUUACCCCCAAAUUUAAAGUAUUUUGUCAUGUAUGGAAAAGUUUUAAAAAUCGAGGAGGAGAGGAGGAAGAAGAGCAACGUCUUUGUUCGUGCAUUUCGAUUUUCGAUAUUUUUUCUGGAUUAAAACCACAUUCGAGCUUCUCGACUAUUGCAGUGUUCACAUUUCAGAGUUUAUGAUACAGGGUUUGGGGUUGUGUACAAACAUGUGAGCUUUUUAUCUGCAAACCGUCUCUGUAAAUAUGUUUUGGCCAAUAUUUUUUGGUUCUCUUUAUUUUGCUAUCGCUUGAAGAUGUUAAUGGUUUUAUUGUAACUUUUAAUAAGAGUAAAUAAAUGUUCGAUCCCCUC